GCGGCAGCGUUGACGCAUCGUCCUGGACCAGUCGACCAGCAGAAGUAGCACCAGCACAAGCGCCAGCCCUGCACUGCAUCGGUUUCUGUCACCUAACGGUUUCUUUAUCCGAAUUCAAACCCGCUUCAAGCAUACACAGCGUGUCUCCGUCAGCCUCGCGUGCUUUUGUCAUUAAUUUCGCGCUUUAAUGAAGUUAUUGAGUGCGUGAUUCCGUUGCUAAUCUUUGGAAUCGGCUUAGAGCGCUGGUCAGCCGAAGGAUCAAAGCGCCAGCGCCGGACGCGACAUUUUUGGGCCGUCGGCUAAUUGAAAAGUGGCCUCAGGACGGCAUUCCAAAGCAGCUCCCGUUGAAGCUCCAUCUCCCAAGGCAACUGGCAAUUUCACGCCUCAGCUUAACCCGCGAAAGCCGUCGCAAUGAAGCUGGUCGUUUACGUCUACUUGUCCAUGAUUGUGCUGGGCGUUCAGGCCUGGCCCAGUGUGAAGCGCUCCUUUGAGCUCUACCCCAGCCCGGCGAUGCCCCACAAUGUGCACACGGUGGCAGAAUGCAUGCACGUGGCCUCCGAGGCAGGUGACUACAUCUUCAAGAAGCUACCCCCCCUGCCCGGUCUCAAUCGGGAAGCGGCUCUGCUCGAGCUGGAAGCCGUUGCAGCUGCUGCUGCAGGAGUGGAUCACGGACUGGGACUGGGAGUGGGAGUGGAAGAGCAACCGGAGGUCUGUGGGCUGUAUGUGAUUGGCGAGCCCGACACAAUUGUGGAGAUUACAAUGAAGCACUACGACGCCAACUGCGAAACAGGAUCCCUCAUGGCGUUUGUUGAUGGCUGGGAGCUGAACGGUGAGUACUUCCCGGGCAUUAAGGAUCACCAUCGACCGCUGGAGGAACGUGUCUACGAAUUCUGCAACAACUACAAGCAGUGGCCCCGUGUUAGCAACAAGAAGUUCUUCCGAUCCAGUCAGAACGCUGCCCUGCUGCAGUACCGUAUACCCGGCCGAGGCUCCUUCGUGGCCAACGUGCGCUUCCACAAGAUCACACAACCUUGCAAUGUACUGGUCCAGGACACCGUCGCCGUUUACAAGAUGACAAACUUUGGCCAAGCCCGCAACUGCACCAUCUCCGCGCUCUUUCCGGCCGUCGUGUCUUUGGCCAGUGUGCGGAUCGGUGGCAAGAGUGUGCGAACACAGCAGAAGGUGAAUUAUGAUUGUCAGAUGUUUGAGGAUCGCCUGGAGAUCGGCGGGUCCUCUGGUCUGGAUUCCAAUAGCGUGGAGCUGGCCAGCGCCGUGUGUGGAGCCGGCAACGAGCCGGGGCCCGAGCAGGCCAUCUUUUGCGGGGUGAGCACCGUGCGCCUGGUGUCCACGGGUCGCUACCAGAACCAGGCAGCCCUCAUCCUCCGCAAGGCCGAUGAGCAGGACCUCGACAUCGCGACGCUUAUGUGCGCGCUCUAAGCGACGUCCUGGACUCAAUCCAUCUGUGUAUAUGUAUGUACAAAAGCAGCGGCAGGGGCGGAAGACGAAGUGAAUACGAAUACGACGACACCCUCCCCGGACUCCAUCGUAGUGCUUAAACCCAAACUUAAACUUAAACUUAAUCCAAGCUACUAGUAAUUCGCAAAGUAUCCGCUACCCGAGAGGCAUCUUGGGACUCUAUAUAUAUAUAUAUAUGUAUAUGUAUAUCGAACAUUC